AUGCCCACCGAGGGCCCAAGCACGCGGCAAAAGGAGCGCAAAGAUCCUGAUCAGACUUCAGGUAAUCUGGUCCUGGAGAUACGGGCGUUGACCGCCACAAUCGACGCACUAAAACUCUCCUUUGAGCAGCAGCUGGAUUCUAAAGUGGACAGUUUGCGGGACUCGGUGCAAUUAAUGAUGGACUCACAUGGAGACACGUCUGCAGACGACAAUGUCCAGGAGGGUGCAGAUGAGGAAGCAUCACAGCCACAUUCUCCAAACCCACAUGACACAGAAGAACGGCUUUUAAGAACCCCCCCCCCCCCCAUCACGCUCUACCACAAGAACCCCCCCAUCCCCACCUCACUCCAGCACAAGAACCCCCCCAUCCCAUGGACAUAA